AUCAAAAUUAUUCGGUUUCAGUCCCCUCCACCUCAGGGGUUAGAUGACUAAUGCAACUGUCAGAAUGAUAGAGCUGAAUAUUAUAGGUAACUGUUACUUUUUAAAUAUAACUUUUCAAAACACAUUAAUGAAGAAGGAAUUUUGGAAAUAAUGUAGAAAACAUUUAUCAAGUCUAUUUUGAACGAAACGCUGAUUUUAGUUCAUUAGAACAUGCUAAAACCAAACCAAUUCAUUUUUUAUCCAGUUAUUUAAAAACUAUAAUGCAGACCAUCUUUAAUAUGGAUGAAUUAUUCUAGGCAUUUUCUCGCAUUUUUAGCAUAAGAGAAUAUUUUUUUGUUCCGAUAAAAGUGUAAUAUAUUUAUAACAAAUUAUUGUCCAUAUUUUAUAAAUGAAAAAAUUUGAGUUCACCAAUCUUGAUUAAAUCAUUAAAUGUCAACUGUCCUAAUUCAGUGGCUAAUAGACCAUUGGUCAUCUAAUACCUAUAAUUGGUAUAACCACCAGAAACUGUAUAAGUUGAACAAAAGUUUUGUUUGCAUUUAUAAUACAUGUGGAAGUUGCAAUUAUAAAUAUCCGAACAAAAUAUUUGAAGCUUUAAAAUUGUACUUAAUUAAUAUUUUCAACCUGUGGUUUUUCAGACAUAGUUUAUAAAAAUGACUCUUCCAAAUCAAUGCCAGCAGCCUCAACCUGAUAAUGGUUUAUCUGAUAUGUUAACAAUAGGCAAAUUAUCUAAAUUAGAGUCUGUAACAAGUGUAACUAGAAAAUUGUUGCCAUUGGCCGCAUUUUUUAUGGCAUUCACCACUGUAAUGACCGUAUUAAUUGUCUAUAUGGAUAAUACAGCAAUAAAGCAUUAUCAAUUUAGGGUAAAUAUGAGUCAGGAUUAUGACUUACUUGGUGUUUCUCAGGAUAAUCCACAAUUAAUUAUGUAUAUUAGAGAAGUUCAUCUAACACCAGCAGCAGAACCCAAUCACAAACCAUUAAAAUCCGAUGAAGAAAUUUCAGAAGAUACAGCAUAUGUUAUUAAAAUUUUAAAAAAUAAGCAUAAAGGCUUCUUUGUAGAAGCAGGUGCCUAUAACGACGGCAAAACUUCUAAAACAGAAUGGCUCGAAGAAAAACUCAACUGGCAAGGACUUUUGAUUCAACCUGACCCACGUCAUUAUUUCAGCCUCCGUCGUCACAACAGGAAACACUCUCAAGCUAUACAUGGUUGCUUAAGCCCAUCCCCUUAUCCUAAAGAAGUAUCUCUACAUCCUGAAUCUCAACUUCCCAAAGUCAAUAGCAUACAUUCAAGUAUAUUAGAUACUGAUGACAGCGAUUGGUUUAAUACAAGAGUAAAAUGUUUUCCUCUUUAUUCCUUACUUCUAGCUACCAAUGUGACAAAUAUUGAUUAUUUGAUAUUAGAAACUGGUGGUACAGAAUUGCAAGUAUUGGAAACUGUUCCUUUCGAAAGAACCCAUAUUGAUGUUAUUAACGUUCAAUUAUAUAGUAAUGAUACUGAAAAAGAUACUCUUAAAAAGUUUCUAGCAUCUAAAAGUUAUAAAUUUAUGGAAAAUUUCAAUGAAUCUUACGUAUUUGUAUUGGAUUCAAUUAAAGUGUAAUAUAUUUCAAAGCGAAGUUGUUGUUGGAAUUUCUGGUUAUAUUUAUUCUGUUUACCACACCAAUUCCUACAAUUAUUUUAUCUGUGUAUUGAGCCACAUAUGAACCAAUCACCUAUGGAAGGCUCAAAGUACCAGAUAGCAUAAUUAUGAUGCUGGUGUAGUAAAUAAUAUAUUCAGAUGUACCAAGAGUUAUCUUUAGUUUCUGAUUAUUGCAAAGAGUUAGGAGUAUUGUUUCCCAAAUUUUUUUGAUAUUAUAUUUGAUUAUUAUUAACUACAUUUUCAAUUUACAUCUUAGUGAAAAUGAGAAUUUUAUUAUCUGAAUUGACUGAUACUCAACAACGAAAUACCAUGACAAUAUAUAUAUUUUUAAUAAUUUGAUCUCAGUUUUGUGUUAUAAAAUGUAUAUCACAAAAAAUUCCAUUAUAUUUUCUAAAACAACGAAUGGUAUUUGCUUUUUUUAUCAACCUUAGUGAUAUACGAAUAUAAGUUAUGAAACACAUAAUAAAUUGUUUUGAAGUAUUUUAGGCAAAGGUUUUCAUAGCGGUGCUUAGUGGGGCUAAAAUUUGAUAUUAAUGGCAGCAACAUGAAAAUUUGGAGAUGGGGGGUUAUAGAUACCAUUGAUGUUCUGGUUUUCUAAAAUCCAGCAUGGUAGGUCUCCUAUCGUGGUUAUAUUUUUAUAAAUAGACCUAACUAUAUGUUUUUAAAGAUGCUGAUUGUGAAUGUGAUGUCAUUUUCUUUAAACUAAAGGCUAUAAAUUUUUCCUUGAAUUUGUUCUGGUUCCACCAAAAUGUGCACGCUUUUUUUUAUAGAAAUCAUUGUACAAUUUUUCUAAAUUUUGAGGAUGUGUUCCAUUUCAUUAAUUGAACGAAAGAUAUGCAAGCUUGGCAGAGAUGGAUGGAGACACCUGGCAUGAGACAAACAAAGGCACACAUAGAUGGACCUUGUGUUCUAACUAAAUAGGCGUCUAGUGACCAGACUUUUAACCAGACACUGUCAUCUAAGACGCCAUUCCCUCACCAUGGGCGUUACAGACGGUUCAGAGUGCCAUUGGUGCACAGAGUAGGAUGAAACUGCAGACUACAUCAUCUGUGAGUGACCAGCAAUUACACGAGCGCGGUUUAAACAUUUGGGAAGCCUAAUAGCUUGCCUAAUGACAUCAAAGCGUUAAACCCAAAGUGCCUGGUCGGCCAUAACGUCAAGUGGGGCACGUCGGGCUUAUCUGAAGACCUACGUUUUCAUCAGCACCUUGGUCGCUCACAAUGUUACUAUGAAUAUAGAAAAUAAUAGUUAAUGAAGGAUACAAAGAAAAUUUAACUUCCGUGAAGCAAAAUCAUUUUAUUUAAACGCAGUAUGUCACAAUUUUGAAGUUCAUUGGCAUCUAUAGUACCUUGAUAUUGUCUUUUGUGAAAUUAUUUUCUAAAAUAAAAGCCAGAAGUGUGACAUUGGACGGUAAAACACAAGCUUUAUGAAUUUCAGAUUGGAAACUAAACUGUUGUCUAUUAGGAGAAGAAUUUUGUUUCCUCCAGACUUCACUUCAAUUUUGCAUCCCAGUAAUGAUAUUUUCAGAAAGUUUUGACACAUAGUGUUUCACCUUUACUAAAGAAUGGCACUAGAGCUGAUUUAGCUUGCAGACGAAUUCGACUAAUUUGAGAAUCUCUAUGAAAACCUUUCUUUUUAAAUUAUAUUAUCAAUAACUAUAGGAAAAUUUGAAGUAAUAACUUUUGUGUACCCGGUGAUUAAUUUUAUUUCAUAGGUAGCUAGAAUUAUGUAGUUAUAGAAUAAUCUUGAGUUUAUUUUUGUAUCAAUUUAACUUGUAGAUAAUGUUUAAAGGAAAAAAGACAAUGAUUAUCAAGAUAAAAAUUUGUUCUUACGUAACAGAAUUAUUAUUUGCAUUCAGUAUUCUAUCUUAGCUGAGAAAAAUAAUUUUGUGUUCUCUUUAUAUAAUUUAUAUUGAAUUAUAACGGUUAGUUGAAACAAUUCGCAAAUAUACAACCUACUAGUUACUUCUUCAGUGAAAGUUUCUUAGCACUUGUGUGUAUGACGACUAUACCCUUGCCUUCCAUUAGUAAACCACAGUGCCCUUACAUUGUUUAUAUAAAAACUAGUUGUAAUGUUGGAAAGAGCACAUUAGUAUUAUUUUUAUAAAUUAAAAGACUGUAUAUCUCGCAAUUAUUUAUAAUAAAGUUCCAGUAGUUUAA